UCAGAAGUAGCAGAGAUAAAAGGAGAAAGCAAGAAAUAAUUCAAAUGCAGAAGGCAAUUCAAGUCUCUGCAGCAAUUCUCAAUAGCGUUAUAUAUAGAAAUCAGAUCAGUCAUUGUUUUCGAGCCUGCUAAAUAAAACUGGACUGCUGGAAUGGCAUGCCACUUGACCUCUCAGGACUACCACAGCAGUAUUUAACUGGUGCAAAGGGAGCAAGCACUCUUGCAAGUGUCUCCUGCUUACAUGCCAGAUUCCCCUGACAGUUCCCACAAUGUUCAAAAGGCACAAGUCCCUGGAACGCAAGAGGGAAUUAUUAUCCCAGGGACUUCCACAGUCCACAAUGAAGAACAAUACAAGAAAUUUCCACUCUCUGUCACAACUUGUGCUCUCAGCAGGCCAGCUGAAAACAGCUCGAGCAGUCAAACUUUCAAAAACAACUCACUUUGAGAUUGAAAUACUGGAUGCUCAUACAAGAAAACAGAUAUGUGUUGUGGAUAAGGUAACUCAAACUUCAACUAUUCAUGAUGUCAAACAAAAGUUUCACAAAGCAUGUCCAAAGUGGUACCCUUCCAGAGUUGGCCUACAACUAGAAUAUGGUGGCCCUUUUUUGAAAGACUACAUCACUGUUCAAAGUGUUGCAGCUUCGUCAAUUAUCACACUCUAUUUUACAGACUUAGGUCAACAAGUCAGUUGGACAACAGUCUUUUUGGCUGAGUUCUCGGGACCUCUACUAAUAUACCUUCUUUUCUACUUGAGGAGCUCAUACAUAUAUGAUGUGAAGGAGAGCUCUCGGCGGCCUCGACACCCUGUGGUACACUUGGCUUGCUUCUGCCAUUGCAUCCACUACAUCCGACACCUUCUGGAAACUUUAUUUGUCCAUAAAGUUUCUUCAGGACACAGUCCUACGAAAAACUUGAUAAAGGGAUGUGCAUUUUAUUGGGGAUUCACUUCUUGGAUUGCAUAUUAUAUUAAUCACCCAAGAUAUACACCACCUUCAUUUGGAAACAGACAAAUAACAAUAUCUGCUAUCAGCUUUCUGAUUUGUGAAGCUGGAAAUCAUUUUAUCAAUACAGUGUUGGCUCAUCCCAGUCACACAGGAAGCAAUGCCUGUUUUCCAAGUGCAAAUUAUAACCCCUUUACAUGGCUCUUUUUCCUGGUUUCCUGUCCCAACUACACCUAUGAGAUUGGAUCCUGGAUUAGUUUCACAGUCAUGACACAAACACUUCCAGUUGGUAUUUUUACAAUUUUAAUGAGCAUCCAGAUGUCUAUGUGGGCACAAAAGAAGCAUAAGAUGUAUCAGAAGAAAUUCAACUCCUAUGUGCAUAGGAAAUCAGCAAUAAUUCCAUUCAUAUUAUAAGAAAAGGUAGCUAUUCUCAUCUGAGCAAGAAAGGCAGCAUAGGAAUUCAAUAAUAAAGACUUAGAAAAAGAUGACCAGCUAUUAUGAUACAACUAUUGAUUGCAACAAUAUUUUUAAUAAAAGAAAAUUGUGAUGGAAUUUAGCUAAAUUUAUAUUAUGAGCUAGGGUUAAUCAACAGGAGGAGUUAAACUAGGCGUGAUGAGUCAUGCUGAAUAAAAGCACACUUAAACUUGAACCAGGAGGUCUGCCAUGAGUGUGAAAUCAUAUUAGAUUAUGAAGGAGAGCCCAUCUUACACUUAAAAAUGAGAGGAUGAAAAGCAGAAGUUAUCAAUAUAAAGAUUAAAAAUAGCAUUGAAUUAUUUGCAAGAGCUUGAUCCUAAAAUAAAUAGUCAUAUUACAUGAAUAUUUCAUAGCACUAUUUCAUAAGGUAAUUGAAUUAUCUGAUUUCUGGUCUAGUGAGCAGGCUCAGUGCUUAAGAGCUUUUUUUUUCUAUCUUCUGAGAACUUUCCAUAUUGUAUUUAAGCCUUAGAAACCUCCUUCAUUAUUCCCUUGGACUUUGUUGCAUUUUUUUGGUUGAUAUUUUUCUAGUUUUACAUUGAUAUACAAUUAAACAUUUUAAUAGGUGAUUAUAAUUGUUACUUGAGAAAUGUCAUCUUUAAAUUAGGUGAUUAUUGUGUGACACUCAAAAGAGCAACUUAAAUACCAUCACUUCCCUGAAAGAAACUGCAGACCCCAGACUACAAUAAAAUUAACAAUUUGUGUUCCUACAUCCAAAUGUAUUUAUUUUUUUUUUGAAAAGGUAUACUAAAGCUUGAUAGAUACAUCUUGGUUUUAAUAAUGAAAAAAAGUAGUACGGGUCAUAUAAAUACAAAGAAUUUAAGGUUACUAAUGAAAACCAAUUAAAUGCAUGUAAUGAAAACAAAACUAAGUUUAUUCCACUCACCAUGGUUUUAUUCCUUUGGCUAUAUGGAACAUAAUGGACAAAUACAUAGUACCCAACCCACAAGUAAAUAUUUAAAAGUCUGACUCCACUUCAGUGGAUCUUCCCUGGAGCCAUCUCUCUGUUAUAAGAUUCAAGAAUGCAUUUCCUCUUCAUCUCUAGCAUUUUACAACAGUGUUCUUUAUUUGAAGAAUUAAAAAUUCAAAAAUUUAAAGCAUAUCAUGACUAGUUGGAGAAAUGUGUAAUUAUUUAUGUCCCAUGGCACUUUCACAGAUCAUGUUUUCCAUUAAUUUGUUACCCUGUAGUUGUAUUCCAUAUAUUCAAAGAAGUGUGAGUUUAGUGUGUCUUCCUGAAGAAAAAAAUACUCUUUGAGACUGGACAGGUUGGUCCCUUCUAUCAUGGCAAAACUUACUAUCGCUUCAUUUUAUCAAGAUCUGUACAUUGUAAAUAUAUAUUGCUUUUAUUGUUAAUAAAAAGCUGAUUGGCCAAUAGCGGGCAGGAAGAGAUUGGUAGAGACAGCCUGAGAUAGACAGAAUGCUGGGAUGAGGAAGGUCAGAGUCCUUCACAAACAGAGGAAGCAGGACAUGUAGACAAUGAUGCAACAAGCCAUGAGCCACGUAGCAGAGGGUAGAUAAGAAAUGUGGGUUAAUUUAAAUGUAAGAGUUAGCUAGUAACAAGCCUGAGCUAUCAACUGAUCAUUUAUAAUUUAUAAUAAGUCUCCGAAUCAUUUAUUUGGGAAGUGGUUGCUGGUUAUUUGGGAGCAUGCAGUCAGGAAAGGGAAACUCCACCUAACCCAUUCAAAGAAAAACAAUCAGUCAUAUUCUUAAGCAGGAGAGGAAAAUAAAAUUGAACAUGCCUCAGAUUCCAUAUUUAUAUCACUUAAAGCAAUGCUUAGUAUGACUUUAGACAACCAGUAGGUUUCAUGUACUGUUUGAAGUUUGUUGCAAAUGGAUUUUUCCACUUUUUGAAUUAGAUACUUUAUGGAUUAUAUACUAAAAUUUUUGACAGUUAAAAUUGUUGGGUUUUAUAAAAUAGGAAACAGUUUCUAAUACUAAAAAAAAUUACAUUUAGAAAGAACAGUAUAGUUAUCUAAUCUAACUAAUAGUUUUUAUGCAAGUUUGCUGAGAAUAAGACUUUAUCCCAUAACAAUUUCCAAAAAAUUAAAGUUUUUUAUUAUUUCUUUAAUUAAGAAUAUUUUUUAUUCAUAUUACAUACCAAUCACAGAUCCCCCUCUUCCUCCUUCCACCCCUCCAGUCUCCCCCACCCCCACCCCCUCAUUCCCUCCUACAAGAAGGUAAGGCCUCCCACGGAAAGUCAGCAGAGCCUGGUACAUUCAGUAGGGGCAGGCCCAAGCCACCUCCCCUGACUCAAGGCUGUGCGAGGUGUCCCACCAUAGGUAGUGGGCUCCAAAAAGCCAGUCCAUGCACCAGGGAUGGAUCCUGAUUCUACUGCCAGGGGUCCCUUAAGCAAAUCAAGCUACACAAACUGUCUCACUUAUGCAGAGGAUCUAGUGUAGUCAGGUUUCUCCAGUCCACUUAGCCUCUGCAGGCCUGUGGAUAUUUAUAAAAUAAUCAUUCAGAGGCUUAAUAUUAAUUACUAAUUGCACGACCUUGCUAGCUAGCUCUUAAAACUUAACCCAUUUUUAUUAAUCUAUAAGUUGCCACGUGGCUGUGGCUUACCGGUACUUUUACAUCUUGCUUCUGGUAGUGGCUGGUGUCUCUCCUCCCUCUCCUUUCUCCUUUCACUAUCUCUUUUGGAUCUUCCUGGCUGACUCCAUCUUGCCCUGUCAUAGGCCAAUGCAACUUUAUCAACCAAUCAGAGCAACACAUUCACAGUGUACAGAAAGACAUCCCAUAGCCUAGUCCAGUCCCGUGGAGGCUUCACAGGUGUUGGCCUAUAUUUCAUGAGUGCCCACUAUUUUGGUUUGGUUGCCUCUGUAGAUUUCCGCAUCAUGAUCUUGAUGCCCCUUGCUCAUAGAAUCCAAUCCCUCUUCUUUCUCUUCGACUGGAUUGGACUCCUGGAGCUCUGCCUAGUGUUUAGCUGUGGAUCUUUUCAACUUCCAUUUUAACAUAUCACAAUUUAUGUCAAAUAUAUUUUUUAAAAAGUAGCUAGAGCUAUAGACACAAAAACAUCAACAACCAUACCUGCCCUCAUUGCCACAGUAGAGUGAUUCUCAACCUCACCCAACAUCAUUUAAUACACAAAUUACUACAAGUGUGGCAUAUUUAGUUUUGUUUGCUGGAUUUUCUUUUAUUGAUAAACAGUUUUAUAUAAUGUAUUCUAAUAAUGAUUUUCCUGUCCAAACUCCUCUCAGAACUCCCAUCCUCCCCAUCUCUUUAUAUCCACAACUACAUGCCUCUUCUUUCUCUCUUUUCCCUGUCAGUGCCGUGACCCUAUCUGGCUUGGAUCUGUUGGUCUUGUGUUUGCUGCAGUGUCUGUGAGUUCAGAUGGUGUCAGCCCUGAUGAGUUUUGAAGACUCUGCUUCCCUGGAGUUUUCUGUCACUUUUAGCUAUUACAAUCUCUCCACCUUCUCAUCAGCCUACAUCCCUGAGUCUUCAGGAUAGGGAUUUGCUUAAGUUAGUUAAAGCUUAUAUAUCUGUUUUUAAAUGAUGUAUCUAACACAUAAACCAAGGGAUAAAAUUCCUGAACUUGUUUGCAUAAUGACACAUAGUUUCAGCUCAAAAUAAAUUUACUGGUCUCAAUGCAGGUCAAAGUCAGCUAUUGGUUUAUGUCAAUUAUAGCAUUUUCACCCUAAAAUUAAAAAAAUUCAUUGAAUUAAUAAUAAUAAUCUCUUCUACUCAUAUUUUUUGUCAAAGCAAAAAAGGAAGGAAAGUCCUUUGGUUGUUUCAAGAUAUUCAAAGUGAUUAUAGCAAAUGUUGCUUUAUAAGUUCAAUUAAAGUUAUUUAUGCCAUCUGUUCAUAAUGAUAAUAAUUAAAAAUCAAGCUUUUUAAAGGCUGUGUAAAGCUAAUUUUUGCUCAGAUGUGUAUCAAAACCUAUAAUUAGCCUUCAUUUCAAGGAGC